AAUAAUAUAUUAGUGGGAAGGUCAAUUCCGAUAUACCGAUGGUGAUAAAACAAAAAGCAAGACAAAUAAACAGUACACUUACAAUUCAUUCCGGCUGUUUUCCGAUCGCCGGUUCAAAAUAGCCGCCGCAGUUCAAUCUUUUCCGCCCCCGCCCCCGCCCCCGACAGCGACCUCCGUCAUAGGGGAAAAAACGAGCAUUCAUUGCGAAUUUUUAUAGUUAAAUCUGCACAGAGUUAGGGCACAGAGUAGAGGGGAGUGCACAGAAAUAGGUCAACAAAACCCAGCGCGGCGGAGCGUGGAGAUAGGAGGAUGAUAACGAGAUCGAAGCUGGCGGAGCAGCUGAGAGAGUAUCAGAUUCGAUCCAAACACGAUUGGGCUUCCGUUUCAUUUUUCUCAUCCUCCUCCAAUCUCGCCUCUUCGAGGGUUGACACUGCGAUCUUUGUCAUAUGGGAGCUUGUCGUUUUAGCGUUGUUUGUUUUCUCAGCCGUUUCACUAUACUUUAGACAUAUAAGGCUCGCAGUUCUUUUGUUAUCUAUCGCACUGCUAUUGCUUCUAUGCAUGAGAGUCACAAAGCAAGUAAAACUUGCUCGGAAGAAGCAGCGAAGGAUGCUUCUCCCAUUAUCUAUGUAAACUGUUUUCAAAAGCAAACCAACUCUCUCACACAAGAUUGCUGAGACUUUUGGGUCAGUUUCUUUACUUAGAUUCUUGGUAAAUGUAAUUUCUCAGGAAAGCGCGCUAGUUAUGUCCUAAUCAAAUAUAUAUAAGAUUUUUCGGUUC